CACAACGUAAACAAUGUGAAAUAUAUUCAAUUUCCAUAUGUCACAUUUAAUUGAUGAUUGCCGACCAAAUUUAGGGAGUAAAAUAUUGUGCAACACUUUGGAUAAUGUCAUGUGUUUAAUUCUGUAAAGCUAAGAGAAGGGAGUCCAAAAUGAGAAAAAACCUGGCUUAUCAGGAUUUGGACAUAAUUCCUGCAAAUUUGGCAGAAACCGAGGGUGAAUCUUUGCAAGAAAUAGAUCUGACUCACAACAAAAUAUCUGACCUCCGAUUUCUGAUAGAUUUUCCUAGACUAACCUGCUUAGUUCUGGAUCACAAUAAUAUUGAGUCACAUGUGAAAAUUCCAACCUCCACCAAUCUUCAAACAUUGUGGGUAAAUCACAAUAAAAUUACAAAUUUAGGUUUGUUUAUCUCAACGUUGUGCAAGUCUUGUCCAAACCUGAAGUUUUUGUCAAUGAUGAACAAUGAAGCUGCCCCGAGCUACUUCAAUGGAGGUACUUACCAGCAAUAUAUGGAUUACAGACAUUUUGUCAUUGCCCAUUUUCCCAAGCUGGAAGUCCUGGAUGAUAAAAAGAUUGAAGAAAAUGAAAGAUCUGAAGCAAAGAGAAUUUAUGGACGCAAGGUAUAAAAUUAUUUUUUUUAAGAAAGAAU